AUGGCGCGCAGCAACAUAAGCGCUAUCAAGCAUCAGUUGACAUGCCUUAAGAGCGAUUGCGCUCUUUUCUCACGACUUUACAUCAUCGCCUGCCGAACAAGAGAAGUGGAUUUGUUCGAAUUUUUCCAGCACGAGAAUCAACCGUGCCCUCCGUCUUUGUCCAACGUUGGAAAGCCUCUUCUUCCGGGAAACAAGACAGAUUUGAUCGACUGCUUAGAGCCUCACCAUCAGUCAAACACGGAGGCACCGAGUUAUGUUGAUGCAACUAUUAUUGAUGGUUCCGCUAUUGUAAAUAUGAUUAAUAGUGGAACUGCACGGGCAUUCCAGCGGUACGCAGAAAAAUCCAUUGGUCCUUACAUCGAGUCGCAAUUACAGUAUUCCAGCCGCGUCGAUGUUAUUUGGGACAGAUAUAUUAACAACAGUCUCAUGGCCUUGACUAGAAGCAAGAGGGGGACGGGUAUUCGAAGAUGA